GGAGGAGGAGGAGGAGGAGGAGGGGUGUGAGCGUGUAAUUACGUUGGUUAGGAAAAAAAAAAAAGUUGGUCUGAUUUGCUGGAAUCGCGCAUGCAGGAGCGAAGGUGCGCCGCAUAUGAGGCAGUUGAGCUCAGGGCGCAACAUCACACGCGCGCACACACACACGCAAACACACGCGCGCGUGCAGGAAAACACGCUGCAGCUUUUUUACUUUGACGCCCGCUGCAAUUGUUUUUUUGUUUUGUUUUUUGUGUGUUUUUUUCCCCACCUUUUCCCCCACCGCCCGUUUCGACAAUCUUUCGGACCGCGAAAGUUGAUGGAUUUUCUCGGAGGAUUUCUUCUUCUUCUCGCUCGCCGCGGAUGAGUUGGGCUCGCUGUGCAGGAAUGGCACGAUAAAAGUCAGCACCAACUCCUUUCCCCCUCUUCUUCUUCUUCUUCUUCUUCUUCUUCUCCUUCUCCUCCUCCUCCUCCGACUCGUCAUGUAUUCUCCAAUUUGUCUCACUCAGGAUGAGUUCCAUCCCUUCAUCGAGGCCCUCCUCCCGCACGUCCGCGCCAUCGCCUACACGUGGUUCAACCUCCAGGCGCGGAAGCGCAAGUACUUCAAGAAGCACGAGAAGCGGAUGUCCAAGGACGAGGAGCGCGCCGUCAAAGACGAGCUCCUGAGCGAGAAGGCCGAGGUCAAGCAGAAGUGGGCCUCGCGGCUCCUGGCCAAGCUGCGCAAGGACAUCCGGCAGGAGUACCGGGAGGACUUUGUCCUGAGCGUGACGGGCAAGAAGCACCCGUGCUGCGUGCUGUCCAACCCGGACCAGAAGGGCAAGAUCCGCCGCAUCGACUGCUUGCGGCAGGCCGACAAAGUGUGGCGCCUGGACCUGGUCAUGGUCAUCCUCUUCAAAGGCAUCCCUCUGGAAAGUACGGACGGCGAGCGCCUGGUCAAGUCGCCGCACUGCACCAACCCCGCACUUUGCGUCCAGCCGCACCACAUCACCGUCUCGGUCAAGGAGCUGGACUUGUUCCUGGCCUACUACGUCCAGGACCAAGACUCCCAGCAGUCAGGAAGUCCAAGUAACAAUGAGCCAGGCAAGAACCCUCUUCCAGUCUAUUUGGAAGACAGCUUCAUCAAAUCGGGAGUGUUCAGCGUUGCGGAACUGGUGCGAGUAUCCAGAAUGCCCAUUACCCACGGUGCGCCGGUGAACUUCUCCAUGGCGGACAUGCCCGGCCAGCCCUACUAUCACGACCUGAACUCUAGCGUGGGGAUGCAUCGCUCCCUGUCCUCCCCACCCGGCAGCAAAAGGCCCAAAACCGUCAACAUGGAGGAGAACAUGGACACCAGCCCGACCGGUCCCGACUUCUACUCGUCGCCGAGCUCGCCGGCCAGCAGUCGGGCAAACUGGCAUGACCGAGAUGGAGCAGACAUGUCCUCGCCUAGCAUGAAGAAGCCAGAAAAGCCGAUGUUCAGCCCCACCUCCCCGCAGGAGUCCUCGCCACGAAUCAGCACUUUUCCUCAGCCUCAUCACCCGGGCUUGGCGGGCGUAGGACACAGCGUUAUAUCGACGAGGAGUCCGCCGCCGCACUCGCCGCUGCAGUUCUCUGCCUCGGCCAUCCUGCCCCCCGCGCCGUCGUCCUACUUCCCGCACACCACCAUCCGCUACCCGCCCCACCUCAACCCGGCCGACCCCCUCAAGAGCUACGUGCCCUCGUACGACCCGUCCAGCCCGCAGAGCAGCCAGCCCAACAGCAGCGGCCAGGUAGUGGGCAAAGUCCCGGGCCACUUCACACCCGUCCUGGCUCCCUCCCCGCACCACGGCGCCGUGCGACCCGUCUCGCUGUCCAUGCCCGACACCAAGCCCAUCACCACGUCAACGGAAGGCUACUCGGCUCCCGGCACCCCGACGGCGAACCGCUUCGUUGGCCUGAGCCCCAGAGAUCCCGCCUUCCUCCACCAGCAACAGCUGAAGAAGUGUGACUGGAGCGUGACUCAAAACGGCAGGCAUUAUGGCCCCAGUGCCGUCGACGACACUUUGGGGAUUGCUUGGCAAAGUCCUGGUACCUGGGCGAGCUUAGUUCCAUUCCAAGUGUCGAACGGGACGCCGAUUCUGCCAACAAAUGUCCACCAGAACUACAGCAUAAGCAUCAUUGGUGAGCCGCUGGUCCCCGCUGAGACUGGGAACUGAGCCCAGAGGGUGGAUGAGUGUUUCUGAGAAGGUGCGCUUGGGGGGUGGGGGGGGGGGCGCAGAAACCAGCAAAUGCAGCAGCAGCUGUACAAUCUCAACACUCUUCCCAAACUGUCCCAACCCCCUCGCCUGCUUUUCCCUGGGCUGUGAUGGACGCUGGAGUAAGGAAGGAAGCUUCAGGUGUGCCCUCCCACCCCUCCUCCUCCCCCUUUACACACACAUAACCACCCACCCAACACACACACACACACACACACAUACACACACGUACACACAUACAGUAUACAUACACCAGCCAGUUGUUGUUUGCAGGACUUUCCAAUGCAUUCAAAUACUGUGAUGUAUAGAUGCCUUAAUGUUCUACUGCAUGACACUCAAAUCUGUGCUUCUAAUGCUAAACGCGCGGGGGGGUGGGGGGUGGGGGGGGGGGUGGGGUCAAACAAAGUCACUGUGUACACCGUCGAAAAACAUUCAGCGUUCUUCUUCGUCGACUGUGAUGCCGGGAGAAACAAAAUGUUUAUUCUUUUUUGUUUUGUUUUUGGGAUACUUCCAACAAUUAAGAGAGUUAACUUGAGAUUGGACCCCUCACUAAAAGAUUUGUGACCCCCUUUAAAAAAGGUUUUGGUUAAAGAAGAGCAAUUUCCAUGGAGGCAAGUGCAAUUGAAUUAUUUUGAAGGGAAGCUAUCAGUCUGUCAGCCCUCAGACUCUAAAGGAAAGGGGGAUAAACAUGGAAUGGUUUUAUGGGUAAAUGUUUUUUUUUUUUUUUAAAUACAAUUUGAUUUCAGUCCCAAUCCCAGCAGCAACACCAGCACUUGUUUUUCUUUAGUGCCCUUCCUCAAUUGUACAGGGACAUAUUGUUUAUUCUUUUCUUAUUUAUUUCUCGGAAAAAGGUGGGAAAAUAACCCCUUAGAGAAAGAAAUGAACACAUGGUGUGUGCAAAAAAAAAAAAUAAAAAAGGCAUUUCUCUUUUUUUUUUUUUUUUCAAAAAAUAAGAUCAAGAGCAUUUUGGCCGUUGGCUUUGAAAGCGUAUGUUUACAAGAGGAAGAAACAAGUGUUAAUUGAUGGAAAUGUACAGUGAAAUUGUCAAUCAGUCAGGCGGUGGCAAAAAAAAAAAAAAAAAAAAAUUCAAACUGACAGCCAUCAGUCCCUGCAGUCUCUCCACUUCAUUUGCACGACGAUACAUGACGUCCACAUGACGUGCCUUUCUGCAUAUCUUCGCACGCACGCACACAUGCACACACACACACACACACACACACACACACCCCACAUUCAUUUUGAUCUUUUUCAUCAUUGUAGAAACAUGCAGAGUUAACAUUUUUAAGGUUUUUGUACUCUGAAAAUGAACUGUUUAACUUCACAUACUAUUUUCUGUGUCACUGUUCCAUCGCGUAUCCGGGCUGUGUAUAGUCAAGUUUGUAAUCGGUUUGUUUGUUUAUUCUCCCUCCAGUAUUUUUCCCUGCGGCUUUUCUAAUAACCUAUCAUCUUUUCCCUCCCUUUCCGCACUCAUCCUUGAAUUCAGAAUUAUAAAAAUUAUGCAAUACCGAGUUUUGCCUAUAUAGGUAGUGCUUAUAGACGACGUCAAAUAUUAGAGGCUAGUUUGGAGAUAGACACUAUUGUAAUGCAUUUAUUUUGUUGAUGUUGUUGUUGAUGUUGUUGUUGUGGGUGUUUUUUUUUUCCUCCUUUUUUUUAUUUGACCAAAGUGGGGGCUGCUGUCUAUUCAGUCUCAGACAAGGUCUUCUCUUCCCGCUUAGGUCUAGUCUAGUCUAACAUUUGUAACGUUUUUUUUUUUUUUUUCUCUCCCUAAAAAUACAUCCAUGUUGGUUGUACGGCUGCAAAGUCACCACUCGGUCUACUGUGACCUUUUUUUUUUUUCUUUCGCCUCCGGAGAGACGGCUCGACUUGAGGCCGGGACAAUCACGCAAAGACAUCGCACACGCACACACACACGCACGCACGCACGCACGCGAACACACGUCAUUUGGAUGCAAUUCCCGAGUAGAUGCCUUAACAGCAACCAGUGGCCUGUCAUCUGUGCAACAAUCACACACAGCGACCAAUCCUGGCGAGGGCCCGUCCAAAUCGGUGUGUCGACUCCCAACCGCUGCGAAAUGACCCAAUUUCACUGAAUUGCUCUGAAAAUGAUUGAUGACAAAUAUCUCAUCUGGUCAUCUAUCCGUGCCAGCGACGUAUAGUGACAGGCAGAAAAAAUUAAAUGUUCGUGCAUUAGAUGGCAGAAGGUACAACGCCUAAUAAGUCAUGGCACCCGUACACUGAGUAAAUGUGUAAAUACAGCAAACCCGUUCAUCGCAUACAAAUGAAAAGCCGCAAUAUACAGAGACCAUAUAAAAACAAUUUUUAAACUAGUUUUGCACUUUCCACACGCUUUAAACACAUUUAAACGUAUUCAUUUGACAUUAAAAACGAUGACUGUAGCGGCUGUUUUCGUAUUUGAACACAAAACAAUUUGCGAGCAUAAAAGGUACAGGAAAAUACUGCACGUAUUUGAUAAUGCAUAACGUACAUAAUGGUGCGCAACGGCCGCAUAAUUCCGUCCUUCCCGAAAACAUAUCCGGGAGUUUUGUCUUCUCCCGAAUUGUCGAAGCCUUCGGGGGCGGGGCAUAAAAAAAAGCAAGGAAGUCUUUUAUCUGAGAAUGGUGAUGUUACAAAUAGCCAAUUGGAGCCUACGAAAAAAAUCUCAAUCUCACAAUACUGCUUAAAUGUUCAUUAUUUGAUAUAUGCAUUUAGUGUUUACUUUUGGGGAUAUUUUGUGCCGUGAGAUUAGUUUCUAAUGUAAAAUAGAUGCCUUGGCUCAAUCAAAUUUCAAUCAACACCACAUAUAUAUAUUCCCAUAGUCGAUUUUGCAAUUCUCUUCACCCCCCCCCCCCCCCCCCCCCCCCCCACCCGCCUUAGAAGGAAUACAUAGCACUUAAAUCGCAGCUAGGCAAUCCCUCCUCUGUUUUCAAGCAAAACCUCUCAGGCGCAUCACAGGGGCAUUAUGCAUGUCAAUCAGUGCAACACGUGUUGACACCUUUUUGCACUCGUUCGCCCUCCCGUUUGGCCAAAGCAGGACGACAAAUCCUCAAGUCCAGCGGCAUCUCGCCGACCUUUUCAAUUUAUUUUGGUCCUUUUUUUUUCUGGAGUGCUUUGCAGCCUGCGACCAGAGACCCCAUUGAAGUGCAUUGUCCCCAAGACUGUGUGUGUGUGUGUGUUUAUUGGAUUGGGAGACAUGAUAGUGUCAAUGACGGUUGUGUGUGUGUGCGUGCGAAGAUAAAGGUCUUCUUAUGGACGAAAAAAAAACAAGUUUGUACACUGUAAUAAACCUUCCUGAGAGUUUAACGCCCUUAUAUGUAAAUCUUCUGAUUCGCGGGGGGGGGGAGUGUCAAUUCCAUUUUAGGAAAGAAAACAAGUGUUUUGGAGGCUGGUUUGGAGUCAGAACUCCUCAUCCCCUGGAUGAAUAGAAUCUGUCGUUGUUGUCUUCCUGUAUGUAAUCUAAGGGUUGAUUUUCCGCGAGUGUAUACAGUGAACCCCCGAGCCCUGCCCUGAAUAGCAGAAAUCUGCAAAUAAAUUGACACCCCCUUAAAAAAAUGUUUUUAGAAUUUCUUAUAGAUGCCACAAGAUGGUGGCAAAGCACUAUUUUUGUCAAAAUGAAACUACUCAAAUCACGUCAACAUAGUUCUUUGCCACCAAGAUGCCACAAAAUGGCGGGAAAGCGCUUUUUAUCAAAUGGAACGCCUCAAUUCACGUCACCAUAGUUCCUCGGCCCCCGAGAUGCCACAAGAUGGCGGCAAAGCACGACCGUUGUCUAAAUGAAGCUCCUCAAUUCAUCUCAACGUAGUUCGAAAUCGUGAAUAAGCGGGGGCUUCACUGUACGAGAUGACAACAAAAAAAUGAAGGCUUAUUUGUUGAAUUAUUAUGAUUUCUCCGAACUUGCUUAGCGCUCGUAGAUAUUUCAAUUUGGAAAUUGUUAAUUCCUUAGUGUGGCCAUAGCACGUGUGUUUGUUUGUUUGGUUGGGUUUUUUUUCAUGGAAAAAAAAAAGAUGCGAUUUCUUGUCCAACAAGACGGCGGUGUGAGUUUUUUUUUUUUUUUGUAGCAGCUGGGUCGAGACCCACUCCCCCCACCCCCACGCCCCACCUUACCCCUAAGAUUAUAUGAGAAAAGCAGGGUUUAAAAAAAACAAAAACAAAAAAUGUCCUACUAUCAGAUAGUUGUCGAUGUUUUUUUUUUUGUGCUAUUUCCCAAUUGACGCUCGUAAAAUAUUCCUUUUCGGGGGGGAAAAAAACCCCAACAACAAAAAAAAAAAAACGCUCGCAAAGCCCCUCCCAUUAUGCACUUUUUGUGAAAUGGAAAGCAUUGAUGGCGAGCGCUUGACCACGAGGUACCGUACCUUCCAGUCCAUUCGAGUUGCCGGCCAGGGUUUGAAUGUAGAAUCAGUGUUCCACCCCUUCAAGUAUUAUUGCAUUGAUGACUUAUUUUAUGCAAAACACGUGCAAUUUCCCACUGACGCCACCGUGAGGGCUCGUACCUGCAGGAAGUCUUUUUCUCUCUCUUUCUCUCUCAUCAACCAGCAAUCCCCCCCCCCCCCCCCCCCGCCCAACCCCCCACCAAAACAAGACGAGCAAUGCAGUGCCUGUUCCAAGCUGUUCAACUUGUACAUACAUGUAAAAUGUGACAUAGACUUACUUUUUCGGUGGGGCUUAUUCAUGUCCGAGCAUGUCGGCACACAUGAAGCUUGCUUUUAGCAGAAAAAAAAAACAAAACAAAAAACACACACAAAAAAAAGAACCUCUUUGUUUGUUUAUUUGUUUGUUUUUGGGGCAGCGCUACACAUGGAGUGCAGUCUUUUUUUGAAAUGCAGGGCAGGUCUUGUGGCACUUUUACUUCCCCGUGUGCGCACGCAACAACAACACCACCAACGAGACGUUAUGUAUACAGUACGUACUGUAUGCAAAGCAGCAGUGAUGAUAGUUCCGCUGCGAGUGUGUGCAAGAGGUCUUUGUAUCUGAAUGUACGUUUUAGAGGACUUUGGUUUUUCUUCUUCUCACUUUUCAAUCUUAUUUUAGGAGCCACAAGGUGUCCAUUGUGAACUGUACAGGCCUCCUUUUGCUUAUUUUAUCAGUGUUUUUUGUUGUUGUUGUUUUUUUUCUUUGUUUUUUGUUUUUAAGUGACGCCUUCCAGUCGGUUACAUUUGGUGCAGGGGUUAAAA